CCGCCAUGUCCACCAGCUUCCAAGCCUUACCAGCUCGUCCAAGAUCUCUAAGGGUGCCUAGACGUUGAUGAAGGCAUGGCCACAAAGCAGUAAACAGAAACUCGUUGCUACCGAAUCCUCGUGCCAUAGCCAUAUCAGGGCAAACUCAAGCGGAUAUCAUCGGAUCGCCAGCGGAUGAACUGGACGAAACGGAAAGAUGCCACGGUGAAUGAUGCGCCAGACGCCUUCCUGUCAUUUUCCUGAAACACUCUGGUCGGUCAUCUUGGUGUGCGCCAACAACUGCCGAAGAUUAUGGGCAUCCACAUCUGGGCUCCGGAGCGGCGCUUGAGAUCGCAUAUAAACCUCUCAAGGAUGGACGCAAACAUCACGGAUUGCUGGAUCGAUCCCAAGGGCGUUCACGACUUCCUUCCUUCCUUCUGUUCUUUUUUUUGGGGGGGUCUUGCCAUAAUCUCGACUUAAUUUCCUUCGCUUUCGCUCAUCAUGGCUCGCCUUAACAACUCCUUCUUGAUCUUCCUCCUUGCAUGCGUUCUCCUCGUGGACGCGGUACCCCUUGGGCUCAAAAGACCGACCACGAAGAGCUCUCCGGUGAAGGCGCCACCGAUCAAGGCGCCGCCAGUCAAGGCUACCCCCAUCGUGGCGAAGACCACUGCAAAAGCUGCUACUACAGCUCUCCCUACACUCGUAAAGACGACUUCGGCAGCUGUGACUAGGAUCUCGACAACGGCAGCUGCCGCUAAAACUACCAGCGCAGUUUUCAGCAACAAGUCUGCCACUUCUAGCACGUCGAUCGUUACCACAUCGGUCGGUCGCACGUCCGCCACAUCUGCUAUCACAAGAUCCAGCGCCGUCUCGAGCUCUUCGGCAGUGUCUGCAUCUUCGCUCGCGAGCUCGUCCACCGCGUCUUCCGCCCUCACCUCGGCCUCCGCGACCCCGUCCAACGGAACUGCGGCAGCAUGUCCCAUCAAGGCCACCAACUCUACGAAAACGGCCAAGAAGACGGCUCGCGACGAUCUCUUCCGCCGCGUCGGUACCCCAGAGUUCAUCGGCUGGCACGGAACCAACUCUGUACAUAUCCUACGCACAUCGCAUGUCCGUGUACGCCGUAGGGUCUGAUCCAUGCUUGUCGCUAUGCAGAUCACCGCCGACUUCUGGGUGUCUCAGGGAGGCACGAUCAGCAAGCCGCCGGCGCCCAAGGCGGGCAUCUUCGACUCGUUCACCUUCGACUUCUUCGGCCAAACGAACAAGCAGGCUGACCUCACCUCCGGUGCCGACCAGGCACUCGGCGUGGGUCUCUACGUCGCCGACCAGCGCGCUUUCGCCGAAAGCUUCGCAAACGUGAACGUCCAGGUGAACAAGGCCAAAGACGCGACGUUUGCCGGCACGGCCAAGGUCUGCGCCAUCUUCGCCAAAGACUCCGCGAACUGGCGCACGGCGAUCACCAAAGCCUUCAUUCCGACGAACCUCAUCGGCGACUCGGCGGACGCGACGAAGAAGGCCGCGCUCGAGAACAAGCGGCUCGCGCAGAUCAAGGGCGCGCUCGCGCUCGCCGGGCGCAGCGUGCAGAACGCCGCGAACGUGGUCAAGUUUGGCGUGCUGUUCCCCGGGGCGACGGGCGUCGCCGGCACCGUCAACCAGCUCGUCCUCCCGAGCGCGAUCACGACCUUGUUUUCUGCGACGUGCUUCGAUCCUGCGGCUGCCGCCGCGAGCGGCCAGGGAGAUCUGGAUUAUAGUAGUGUAGCGCAGAGGACGGAGUGGUGCAUCGUGAGCGAGACGGGAACGGACCCAUGCGCGCAGCCAGCGCAGUGCGGGUGAGCAGCUAUGUGGCGAUGAAGGGGUUAUUCAUUCGAGCUGUCGUCAUUCCGAAGUCCGGGUCAAUAUACAGGGAAUCUAUAUGUACACAUUAUAAUCAUUACCUUACAUUCCACCAGCUAUACAUUCAACUGGUGCGCUCGAGCU